AUGCGUGCGGACAUACGCAACUGUGCUACCGGUCUCCUCCGGAAAGGAAAACAACAACAAACCUUGCCGAUGGAAGAAGAGAAGGAGUUACGCUCCCUGAGGUCAGACGAUAGUAUCGUUGUUGUAUCUGUUGACAAGCGUGGUGCUACUGCCAUUACGGAGAAGAAUGAUUAUGUCAAUACGGCCAUCCAAGACCUUAAAGUCAGAGAGGCCUAUAUUCCAAUUGAUGAGGAUCCGGCGAAAAAGCAGGCCGCAUCUAUAAAGAAGAAAGUGAACGAGCUCACUCGGAAAAAGCUGAUAAACCCCGCGGACUCCAAAUUUCUGACUCCCAUUGACAUCCGUAUCGCACGUGUUUAUGGCCUCCCAAAGGUGCAAAACGCAGGUGCACCGUUGAGAAUCAUAGUGCCGCUCAUUGGAUCGCCUACUUAUAGCCUUGUCAAGUGGCUGUACAAGCACCUAUAG